AUGGCUGAUCCUCCAAACGAGAGGGAUCACAUGGAUGGUGAUGGAGUGAAGCGUAGUGUCCGUCCAAACUUCGCAGAAGACGUUUACGGUGAUAAAAAAGGAACUCAGACAGAGGAAAUCGAAUACAGUGAAUCUUCUUUGGCCCAAAGACGGUCAGCCUUGUUGGUGAAACUCAAACAGCUCAAAGAUUCUCAUGGGAACACGACUACGGAUGUUAUCGGAAAUCGUGCAGAAAGUAUUGAUAUGAGCGAGUCCGAUAUCGAGUUUGAGUACAACGACUGCGACACACUUCUAAAUGAGCUCUCCGAACUCUACACAUAUUCUGAGCUGGACGACUUUGCCAGCAAUAUUCAGUGUUGGAAGGUGUAUGCCGACAAUAAUGGAAUCCUGGCUCCGUUCCACUUCUCAUCUCUACCGGAGGCGAAAAAGAUGUUCAUUAUGCAAGAUCUCUGUGCGAGAAUGGAAAGUGCUGAACCAGAUGUGCGACUCGCCAGUGCUCGAAUUGUGCUCUAUAUUUUACAGGGCGCGUACCUCGAUUUCAGUGAGGAGGAAGAGGUCGAGGCAGGCUUACUGUUGAGUGCUACAUCUCUCGAUAGAGGAACAGGCGGACAUGAAAAGGACUGUAUUAGCAACGCAUUUUUUAAUGCUCACAUCGCUUAUAAAGCAGGUGCCUACCAGGCCCUAUGUACGCUUCUUAUGGCUGAGAUAUGUGAACCAUUCGACAGUGGUCCUGGAUUGGUGAACGAAGGUGGCCGCGAAUCAAAAGCAAGCUCACGAGGGAGUCGUUGUCCCAGCAGCGCCGAUUUGGCUGAAAGUGAUCGCCGGAAUCGUCGAGCCGCAACGAUGGCGGACAAUGAAGCGAUGAGAACAGUGUUGUCGGCGUUAUACCACAUGGUGGAGUUGAUGCGCAAUGAAGAAUUGACUAAUACCUUAGCUGUUGACGAUCCCAGCUUGCCAGCGAGAGGAAGCGCGUUCUUAGAGGAAUUGAGUGAACCACUAGAUCAUGUGGGCCAGCCUUUGCUACUUGUUCUGUUCGAAAUGCUCCCUCCAUUCUACACAGGAACCUCACCUCAUUUCCCAAUCAAAAAAAUCCUUCUUCUUAUAUGGAAGAUUCUUCUUGCAACGUUAGGUGGUUGGCGCCACUUAGACGCGAUGAAAGCCUCGAAAAGAGCUGCACUUGGCCUUCAAGUAAUGGAAAACACAAUAGCAGUGGCUUCUUCUUUGCCCGCAACUCUAAUUAACGACGGCGAAGCUGGAGCAAGAAUGGCGGCACGCCGCAUCGUUCCCAUUGGACGAGUUAUGGCGCGACAAUUAGCCUAUGCUGGUAGCGAAGAAGCUAGAGAUGAAGAGUUUGACAUAGGAGCGAUAGCGGGUGACGACUACAUUCUGGAUGUUGAUGGGUCAGCUAAACGCGGGUCCGAGUUACGACACGUGUCUAGCGGUGACCGCACCCCUCGAGCUGGGUCCCCUAUGCCUCGUGAACCCCCGAAGAGAAGUUUACCAUGGCGCAGCAAGGUAUCUAAACAGGAGAUUGAGGCAUUCCUCCAACAGGAGAGGCAGAAGUUUUUCCAAUAUCAGUUGCCGGGUGAUCUUGAGACGAUGUUCGCUUUACCGCCACCGAUACAUCGUAGUGUGGAAGCGUUACGUAAACAUCUCUACACUUCUAUAGGAGAAAUUCAGGCAGCGCAAGAUGAAGAGUACAAUCGCUAUCUGUUCUCCAAGAAGGAAGACGUCGAAAUGAACAACGUGGAAGAACUCUACCGCUUACUCCUGCCAAAUCUAUGUCAGUAUGUGGUCGCUCUUCUGAAAGUAUUACUUGCUGCGGCACCGUCAAACAAGGCUAAAAAUGACGCUCUUAACAUACUGGUCGAUGUAUUGACACCAGAAACGGAUGGAUGUGACAUUCUGUCGAAUUCUAUAAGUCUUGAUCAUUCGACAAGCAGCCCGCUUGAGGAAAGCGUUCGCUUAGCCAUCGAUAUAAAUAGGCACAAAGAGAUUAUGGUAAAGGCGACGUCGUCAAUUCUCUUACUCCUGAUGAAACACCUGCGGUUGAACCAUAUUUAUCAAUUUGAAUAUCUGAGUCAGCAUAUUGUCUAUGGAAACGGUAUCCCACUUCUUCUGAAAUUCCUUGACCAAAAUAUGACACGUUAUGUGCAGUCUCGUUAUGAAAUUUAUCCCUAUAAUUAUCCUCAAGCACCGUUGCAUUACGUUCGAAAUCGAGAUGAAUGGCCUGUGCUCAAUUCAGAGAAUGUAGAGGGUGGUGAUAGCGAGCGUAGGGGUAUGUAUUACAUGUGGAGAAACAUGUUCUCUUCAAUAAAUCUUAUAAGGGUUCUCAACAAGCUGGUCAAGGGGAAACAGUCCCGAGUAAUGAUGUUAAUGGUGUUCAAGUCUGCGCCCAUUCUGAAACGUUCAUUGAAGAUUCGUCUGGGUCUGUUCCAGUUCUUCAUUCUGAAAGCGCUGAAAAUGCAGUCGCGAUAUCUUGGUCGUCAAUGGAGGAAAAGUAAUAUGGAUAUAAUGUCAGCGAUUUAUAACAAAGUUCGACAUCGUAUGACUGAUGAUUGGGCGUUUGCGAACGAAAUGCGGAAAUCAUAUGAUUAUCACAGUGAAGAAAGUGAACUGAAAGCAGCAGUGGAACGGUUCCAUAGUCGGAGAUAUGCGAAGAUACAUCCUCAACUUGCUAUUGGAAAACAGCCAGAGCUUGGGAAGAGGUUCAAAAAUAACUACAGAAAGUGGAUGGAGGAUGAGGUGAUCAAGAGGAAUAUCGACUGGGACCGCCUACUGAUGAACACCAGAGGAAUCGCUCUGUCUAAGGAUGUCGCAUGUUGA